UUCGAGCGGGCGUCCAUGCUGGUCAUCCUCCUGAACUGUGUGACUCUGGGAAUGUUCCACCCGUGCGAGGACAUCGACUGUCACUCGGAACGCUGCAAGAUCCUGCAGGACUUUGACGACUUCAUCUUCGCCUUCUUCGCAAUCGAGAUGGUGAUCAAGAUGGUGGCUCUCGGCAUUUUUGGGAAGAAGUGUUACCUAGGCGACACGUGGAACCGGCUGGACUUCUUUAUCGUGCUGGCCGGGAUGUUGGAGUACUCCCUGAAUCUACAGAAUGUGAGCCUGUCAGCGGUACGGACGGUGCGGGUGCUCAGACCUCUGCGGGCCAUCAACAGAGUACCAAGUAUGCGUAUCCUGGUCACUUUGCUGUUGGACACUCUGCCCAUGCUGGGGAACGUGCUGCUGCUGUGCUUCUUCGUCUUCUUCAUCUUCGGCAUCGUGGGCGUGCAGCUGUGGGCGGGGCUUCUGCGCAACCGCUGCUUCCUGGAGGACAACCUCUCCUUCCCUCUCUCCCUCGGACUGGCCAACUACUACAAGACGGAGAAUGACGACGAGAACCCGUUCAUCUGCUCCAUGCCCCGGGACAACGGGAUGCGGGGCUGUGACACGGUGCCGCGGCUGUACGAGGAAGGCGGCGUGCAGUGCAACAUGGACAUGGACUCGUACAACAGCACCGACAACACCACCUGCGUCAACUGGAACCAAUACUACACCAACUGCUCGGCCGGACCCGUCAACCCGUUCAAAGGGGCCAUCAACUUCGACAACAUCUGCUAUGCCUGGAUAGCCAUCUUUCAGGUGAUCACUCUGGAGGGCUGGGUGGACAUCAUGUACUUUGUGAUGGAUGCGCAUUCCUUUUACAACUUCAUCUACUUCAUCCUCCUCAUCAUCAUCGGCUCUUUCUUCAUGAUCAACCUCUGCCUGGUCGUCAUCGCCACCCAGUUCUCCGAGACCAAGCAGCGCGAGAGCCAACUCAUGAAGGAGCAACGUGUCCGCUUCAUGUCCAACGCCAGCACCUUAGCCUCUCUGUCCGAGCCCGGGUCCUGCUACGACGAGCUCCUAAAGUACCUCGUCCACAUCGUCCGCAAGGGGGCCAAGCAGGUCGCCCACAUCUUCCGGUUCCUGGCACGUCGAGCUGGGUUGAACAUCGCAGCUUCUCCCCCUGCCCAGGAACCUCAACGCACCCAAAGCCAGAGGAGACGUAGAAAAUCCCGCCACGGAUCUAUGCUGGUCCACCACAUGACGCAUCACCAACAUCACCAGCAUUACCACUUGGGGAACGGUAGCGUAAGGGGCGUGGUCAGAGGAGGCGUGGAUGCUAGCGAUAUCGAGUCAGCUUCGAACAACAACAAUGGCGGAUCUAUUGUAGCGUCGAGCGGGCAUUUGACAGUAGCCGUGCCGCCGACCGUAGCGACCACCUCGGAUACGGAUAUAACGAUUUUGCCCAUGCCCGCGGAUUGUACGCUUUCUCCGACAUCGCUGAAUCCGUUCUCCUUGACGCCGGGAGCGCUCAAACGGAAUUCGGUGCCAUUCGCGGCGCCGAAAAACUACCCGACGUUGCAGGCCAGAGCGCUCGCGGAGUCCAGGAGAGGGAGCGUCGCGGUGAGCAACCUCAACUUCAACCUCAACAUUCCGCCCAUGGCUUUGGAGCGCCGGCCAUCUUGUCUGGUGGAUACGCACAACCCGGCAGCCCCGCUCUCCUACCAGCUGUCCGCCCGCGACCUUAGCCACUCGGGCAUCGCCAUGGACACCGCCGGCUUCACCCUCGACCCGGAAAACUGCCCCUACUGCGCCAAGGAAGCUGAAGCGGCUGCAGAGGGGGGCAACGAGACGCCGGGGGACUCGGACAGCGAAGGGGUCUACGAAUUCACCCAAGACCUCCACCACCGGGACCGCAGGGACAGCCGGCAGCCCAGGAAGAAGCACCACAGCCUGGGCAAAACGGCGGCCAAGGUGGUGCGCUUCUGGAGGCUGGUGUGCGACACGUUUCGGAAGAUUGUGGAUAGUAAAUACUUCGGAAGAGGGAUUAUGAUCGCUAUUAUGAUCAAUACGCUGAGUAUGGGGAUCGAGUAUCAUGAGCAGCCGGACGAGCUGACCAACGCCCUGGAGAUCAGUAACAUCGUGUUCACCAGCCUCUUCGCUCUGGAGAUGCUGCUCAAAGUCCUGGUGUACGGCCCCUUUGGAUACAUCAAGAACCCCUACAACAUCUUCGACGGCAUCAUCGUCGUCAUCAGCGUGUGGGAGAUCGUUGGCCAGCAGGGCGGCGGUCUCUCGGUUCUCCGUACGUUCCGUCUAAUGCGUGUGCUGAAGCUGGUGAGGUUCAUGCCCGCUCUGCAGAGACAGCUGGUGGUCCUUAUGAAGACCAUGGACAACGUGGCCACCUUCUGUAUGCUCCUCAUGCUCUUCAUCUUCAUCUUCAGUAUCCUCGGCAUGCAUCUGUUCGGCUGCAAAUUCGGUUCGGAAAGAGAUGGAGACACACUUCCUGAUCGCAAGAACUUUGAUUCCCUUCUUUGGGCCAUCGUCACUGUAUUCCAGAUUCUGACUCAGGAGGAUUGGAACAAGGUCCUGUACAACGGCAUGGCCUCCACUACCCCUGUGGCUGCUCUGUACUUCAUCGCUCUCAUGACCUUUGGGAACUACGUGCUCUUCAACUUGCUGGUGGCUAUCCUGGUGGAGGGUUUCCAGGCAGAGGGUGAUGAGUCCAAACCUGCUUCCGAGAUUGAUUCUGUGGCUCGCAGCAUGGAGGAUGUGAACGGGAGCAAGAAGGACCUGUCUGCAUCUGCAGUGCCGGUGAAUGGCCACGUGGACCAACUGAAGACCAGUUUGACUCCGCCCCUCAUCACCCACACCGCGGCCACGCCCAUGCCCAUCCCCAAACUUCCUGUGGGCGGAGAUAGCAUCCUGGGCUACGAGUCACGCAGAGGGAGCAGCGUCUCCAUGGAUCCGGCCUGCUAUGACAAGUCACCAACCAGCCGUAGCCCUUCGCCCUACACGCCGUGGGGCAGUGGCAGUGUGCGCUCCAGCCGCCGCUCCAGCUGGAACAGCCUCAACCGAGCCCCCUCCCUCAAGAGGCCCAAGCACCAAUCAGGAGAGAGGAGGUCACUGUUGUCCGGAGAGGGAGGCGGGUCCAGCUCUGACGAGGCAGAGGGAGGCGGAGAGUCUGGAGGGGGCGGGGAAUCGGGCGGAGGCGGGCUUUUGGAGGACGACGACGCCUCAUUGGCCAGGACGGAUUCCAUGUCUCAGCAGACCAGGCCGCGGCACAGGAGGAUGGAGUCGGUGGAGACGAGGAGUUCCAUGGACUUACCGCCUGAUGCUUUGCUGCAGGUCCCGUUCCUGUACCGCUCGGCCAGCAUGCACAGCUCCAGACCGCCCUCUCUGCUGGCACUGCGGCCCCCGGAGCACAGGGACUGUAAUGGGAAAGGCUCCCCCACCGCGCUGGGCCCCACACAUGUGUCUGUGGAGGAGAAUACAACGGAGGACGAGAACGCAGAGGAGGAAGUCCAGAUGGGUCGCUCGGCGCGGCUGUUCCACUACCUGGAGAAGAAGCAACCGGACUGGUGCAAGCAGCGGGACACGUGGUCUUUGUACCUCUUCCCCCCAGAGUCCAGGUUUCGUAUCGCCUGCAACAAGAUCAUCACUCACAAGAUGUUUGACCACGUGGUGCUCGUCAUCAUCUUCCUCAACUGCAUCACGAUCGCCAUGGAGAGGCCGCGCAUCGACCCCAGCAGUGCCGAGCGGAUUUUCCUCACUUUGUCCAACUACAUCUUCACAUCCAUCUUCGUGGCUGAGAUGACCGUCAAGAUCGUGGCUUUAGGCUGGUGUUUCGGGGACAAGGCGUACCUGAGGAGCAGCUGGAACGUUCUGGAUGGGAUGCUGGUGAUGAUCUCCGUCAUAGACAUCCUGGUUUCUCUCAUCUCCAACUCGGGCACCAAGAUCCUGGGAAUGCUGCGGGUUCUCCGGCUACUGCGUACUCUGCGGCCGCUACGAGUCAUCAGCAGAGCUCCCGGCCUGAAGCUGGUGGUGGAGACCCUCAUGUCGUCCCUCAAACCAAUCGGGAACAUCGUGGUCAUUUGCUGCGCCUUCUUCAUCAUCUUCGGCAUCCUCGGAGUCCAGCUUUUCAAGGGGAAAUUCUUUGUCUGUCAAGGAGAAGAUGUGAGGAACAUAACCAACAAGUCGGACUGUAUGCAGGCCAACUACAAAUGGGUCAGGCACAAGUACAACUUUGACAACUUGGGGCAGGCUCUGAUGUCCCUGUUCGUCCUGGCGUCUAAAGAUGGAUGGGUCGACAUCAUGUACGACGGACUGGACGCUGUCGGAGUGGAUCAACAGCCCAUCAUGAACUACAACCCGUGGAUGCUGCUCUACUUCAUCUCCUUCCUGCUCAUCGUGGCCUUCUUCGUGCUCAACAUGUUCGUGGGCGUGGUGGUGGAGAACUUCCACAAGUGCCGGCGCCACCAGGAGGCCGAGGAGGCAAAGCGCAGGGAGGAGAAGAGACUGAAACGGCUGGAGAAAAAGAGACGGAAAGCUCAGAGCAAGCCGUACUACUCGGACUACUCCCCGACGCGCCUGCUGAUCCAUAAGAUGUGCACGAGCCACUACCUGGACCUGUUCAUCACCAUCGUCAUCGGCCUCAACGUGAUCACAAUGUCCAUGGAGCACUACCAGCAACCGAUGGAGCUGGAUGAGGCCCUGAAGAUCUGUAACUACAUCUUCACGCUCAUCUUCGUCCUGGAGUCCGUCUUCAAACUGGUGGCGUUUGGUUUCCGACGCUUCUUCAAAGACAAGUGGAACCAGCUGGACUUGGCCAUCGUGCUUCUGUCCAUCAUGGGCAUCACUCUGGAGGAGAUCGAGGUGAACGCGUCUCUGCCCAUCAACCCCACCAUCAUCCGGAUCAUGAGGGUCCUGAGGAUCGCACGAGUGUUGAAGCUGCUCAAAAUGGCCGUCGGGAUGAGGGCCUUGCUGGACACUGUUAUGCAAGCUCUGCCUCAGGUGGGGAAUCUAGGUCUCCUCUUCAUGCUCCUCUUCUUCAUCUUCGCGGCGCUGGGAGUGGAGCUGUUCGGGGAUUUGAUCUGUGACGAGCUCCACCCGUGUGAAGGUCUGGGUCGCUACGCCACCUUCAAGAACUUCGGCAUGGCCUUCCUGCUGCUCUUCAGGGUCUCCACCGGGGACAACUGGAACGGCAUUAUGAAGGACACACUCCGCGACUGCGCCCACGACACCAGCACGUGCUACAACACCGUGGUCUCCCCCAUCUACUUCGUCUCCUUCGUCCUGACCGCCCAGUUCGUCCUGGUCAACGUGGUCAUCGCCGUCCUCAUGAAGCACCUGGAGGAGAGCAACAAGGAGGCCAAGGAGGAGGCGGAGAUGGAGGGCGAGCUGGACAUGGAGAUCCACAACGAGGCCAUCGCUGCAGCAGGAGGAGGAGCAGGAGGUGGAGGAGGAGGGGGGGACGUGGGCUGCCGAUCGCCCCAGCUCAUGCCUCUCGGGUUGGGCUUGGAGAGAUGCGGCAGUGGUGGGGGGUCUCCCUGGAGGUCAAACGGAGGAGGAGGAGGAGGACGGGGAGGGGGAGGGCAGAGAGAUUCGCCCGUCCCGGAGAUAACGAGAGACUGUGUGAAAAGUGAGGAGCCCUGUGAGGAGACGGAGGCACAAUAUGAGCCUGAGAGCCUAAAUGGGGAAGGUCCAAGGGAAGAAAACCUGCUGAGCGUCAGGAAACCCACGGUCGGACGCACGCACUCCCUGCCCAAUGACAGCUACAUGUUCCCGCCCCUCGACCAAUCAGCCGCCAGCACCUCCGCACAGCUCCUCCCGCAGACGCACUGGCCGCACCGCGUCUUGGGCUCACACCGGGGACAGUCAGGUUCCAGUAGCUCGGUGCGCUCUCAGCCCGAGGAGAGCUCCCAAAAACUGAGCAUCCCAGCGGAGCUCUUCAGACCCAUCAGCCCCCACAGUGUGUCGGACUCAGAGGGCAUCCCCCGCCUGCCCCCUCCCCGCCGCGCCCACACGCUCACCCGGCCCCUCCGUAGACAGGUGGCAGUGUCCACUGAUUCUCAGGAGGCGCUGUGUGCGGACACAGGGCAGAGCAGUGAAGGACUGGAGAAUGUGGCGUCUAUAGUGUUGGCCCCGCCCCCCUCCUGUUUGGUGGUGCAGCAGCCCCUCUCUUUAGCCCCCCCGCACAGUGAGCAGCACAGCGACGCCCCCUGUGGGCCCCAGGAGGAGAGCCUGGUGGACCAGGAGGUGUCCCUCCUCACCAGCAGCACAGCGUACGGGGAGAGACAGGAGAGCCGCGGGCUCAAACGCUUCCACAGUGUGGACACCAGGGGGCGCAGCAGGCUCCUGCCCCGGCCCCGCCCCCUGUCGUGGUUGGACGAGCCGCGUCGUCACUCUGUGGAGGUGUGCUCAUCUGUAGAGUCCAGUCCCCAACGCAGCAGCGCCUCCACCUCCUCUGGGUUUGUGUCCCGAGGUGACAGUCUGCAGACCUCCACCCAGCUUCCCUCCCCCCGCAGGAAAAAGAAGAUGAGCCCCCCCUGUAUCUCUGUGGACCCUCCGGACUUUUCUGGUCUGAGUGCACUCACGGGGCUGCCCCCCCUCCUGCCAGGACAGGACACCUGCCUGAGGAGGAGGGCGCCCUCUAGUGACUCCAAGGACUCCUUUGACCUGACUGUAGGGGAGGGCAUCGGGCAUGACCGGGGCUCGCCCAAAAGCACCAACCCCAAACUGUUGACUCUGCCCAGCCUCUCUUUUGAGAAGAGCACUUCUGAGCACUGAACCCUACAGAGGACAUCCUCCCUCUGCUGUGGGAGGCCCACUCAGGAGCGCUCACUGAGGGAAAACACACAGGGAAACAUCAACCACUAGAGGGGGCUGUUCAGGGAGACAGGGCACCACUUCAUUAGGCCUUUGCGUGGUUCUGUAAGAAAUUCUAUCUUACACUGUGUGUUUCAUACAUGAAGAAAAGUGCAGAAUACAUGUUCCUUAUAUGUGCCAUUGAGUUGGUCAUGUGAACGUGUGGUAGCUCCAUCAAACAUCCACAGUGACAAAUACUUGUUUUGUACAUCUAUGAUCCACAGUGAAGGAGGGUAAAGGGGUAUUUAAGGAUCACUGUAUGAGGUUUGUAUCAUACCUGCUGUAAACACAUGGAGCCGUCCUGUGAGUGUACUGUACCUGAAGCCCCCCUCCCCAAACACACACACACCCGCCCCACCCACCGCACAGUGCACUCGGCGUCUCCAGGCUGGUGGUAGUAGUAGUAAUAAUGCUGUAGAGAGUAAUAAAAGUACCCUGGGAGCGUGGUACUCUUUCAAUGUGAGCUGUUUUUGUUUCUGUACGAUACUGCCAAACCCAGAGCGCAUGGGGAUUCGCACCGCGCCUCUGGACCAUGAACUGCCCGUGCUGCUCCCUGGACGCACUAAGCAAUACGGACGUUUUAGAGACACUAUUUUCUUAAAUUAUUGGGCCAUAGUGUUUGUACAGGAUGUUGUUUUUAAUUUUUAUUUUUUCAUUAUUUUUUUACGUCUUUUGUUGUGACUUUUCUUUUAUUUGUCUGUCCUUUUUUCACUGUAGGAUAUUUCUAGCUUUCUUGGUUUUACUGAAGAAAGUGGACGUUUUUUCAAAGUGCUGAAAACCAUGUAUUUGUAGGAAUAAUAUAUAAAUAUAAAUAUAUAUAAAAAAUGCAAUUCAUUAAACAGAGCUUGGAUU